AUGUUUCCCUUCAAGGUGUGCAAAUGGAUGGGGCUGGCUUGCCUCCGGUCCCUGGUGCUGUCACCACCCAGUAUUCGUCAGAAGAAACUAAUACACAAGGUGCAAGAGGAAAAGGCUUUUCGAGAGGAGAUGAAAAUUUUCCAUGAGAAAAUAAAAGACUUCCGGGAAGAGAUAUGGGAUUUCCGAGGCAAGAUCCGGGCUUUCCGGAGCCAGAUCCUGGGUUUCCAGGGGGAAGAAAGACCAUUCUGGGAAGAAGAGAAGACCUUCUGGAGAGAAGAAAAAACCUUCUGGGAAAUGGAAAAAUCUUUCCUGGAAGAAGAAAAGGUUUUCUGGAAAAAAUACGGAACCUUCUGGAAGGAGGACAAGGCCUUCUGGAGAGAGGACAAUGCUUUACGGGAAAGAGACCGGAAUCUUCUUCAGGAGGACAAGGCCCUAUUGGAGGAGGAAAAAGCCUUGUGGGUAGAGGAAAGAGCCCUGCUUGCAGAAAAGAAGGCUCUGUGGGAGGAUAAAAAGUCUCUCUGGGAGGAAGAGCAUGCCCUUUGGGAGGAAGAGAAAGCCCUCUGGGUGGAAGGCCGUGGCUUCCAAAUCCUUGGGGAGCAGAGACCCCAGAAUGGUCCUCACCAUGCCAAUGAAGAGCCGCAGUCAACAAUCUUCCCCCGAGGGCGUGCAUAG